AUGGCGGGCCGCAACCGGCCGGGCGCGCAGCCCGAGUACGCCGCCUCGGGUCCGGACCCCGCGCCCUGGACGCGAGAGGGGCAGGCGGCGGCCGAGCCGACGCGCGAGCAGCGCCAGGCGCAGUUGCGCCGCUGGCAGGAGGCCACGCUGCGCGUGUCCGUGGAGGCCGUCGAGCCCACCAGCGGGUCGCGCUUCUCCAUCGCUGCCUGCUGGGACCCCGACUCCACGCCCCACACCACCGUCUCCUCCACCGGCAGCGAGCGCCCUGCCCUCAGGGGCAGAGCGAGGACUUUACCGAUCGGACCACCAGCAGCUAGAGACCAUGAUGAUGAAGAAUCCCUCGAAUCUUCGUCGGCAAGCUCUUCAUUGUCAGGCUCUUCAUCACCUAGUGACGACGAAAGUGGUACAGAGGAAAGUGACGAAGAAGUGUUGGAAGAUCCUCUUGAACAAGUGUGGGAGGAGGUGGACGAUGUGCUGCAAAAUAAGCCGAUAGACAGAGACGAGACUCGAGCCGAGGUGGAGUCGAUCCUCAGAGCCAGUGCACUGUCCGAGGGCGAGAAGCUCGCCGUAAUCAACGCCGCCUUGGAGGAGAGCGCCAAGGAUCCUGUCGAAAGGAGGGCAACAGCCAAGUCCAUGUUGCGCAGGGCGACGCGUAGUGUCCGGGAGGUGACAGAUACUGAUGAUUUAGAGACAGAAGCCAGCGGUAGCCAGGAUCGGCGGGCCUCUGGAGUACGCCACAGUGCAAGAGGCAGUAAGUUCCAUAGCCUGGUGGAGGAAUUUGAGGAAGGGCCAAGGGCGAGCGCUUCCAGAAGAACGACUGAGGCCAGACCCAAAAAAAGUAUCAUGCGACGAGAUCAACGGAGAAGCACUCGAAUGGGUGAAGACGCCGAGGACAGACAGGCGAGGAGAACCAUCAGGUGGUUUAAGGGGUCUACUUCAGGUCUUCCAGUUGAAAGUAGGAUGAGUGGAACCCGUGCUUCUGCUGUCGGUGGCAGGAAAAGUGAACAACGGCAGUCACAAGCUCCUCGAAAGACUGGACUGAGUCAGAAAUUUGGCUCGAUCUUCGGCAAGAGCUUCAGUACGGCUCCGAAAUCUACUUACCGUGAGUCCCGGCUGGCACCUCGUCCAUCACAGAGGCGGAGUACCAGACGGUCGACAUCAGGGAGGGCAGACAGUUCUGUUUUCGGCAGGAAGCGCAGUAGUGCUGCAGGCGUCGUGUCCGAUGAGGAUGAGAAGCCAGCUGCAAGCUGGUCGAUGGAAGCCAGAAGCGGCAGCCACAGCUCUGGCGUUGACUCUGACGAUUAUGAAUCAGAGGAGGGGACACGUCCCAGACACCGCAGUGGAUCUGGUGAACGCAAAAGUACUGAAAGGAGAGCCAGUGAAGCACCUCGCCAGUCUGAAAGUCGAAGAAGUUCUGCUGCUAGGUCUGUGUACCAUGAGGAUGAGGAGCCAGCUCCACUUAGGAGUAUUAGCACCAGGAGACCAACAGGUUGGCCCAGGCGCAAAAGUCGAAGUUCUAGCGUCGAUACUGAAGCGGACGAACGGACGAGUUCGAGGCACAGUGUUGAUGAUGCGCCUCGUCAUUCACAGCGGAGAAGCUCUCGUGGCAGCACACACAGGGAGCUUCCAGAGGCGAGAGAAAGCAGGGCAGAAAGCCGCAGACCGACUGGCCGGGUGAGUAAUGCCGAGGAGUCCGGCUCGGAAGGAGAUACGAAAAGAUCGAGCUCCCGCAGUAGCCAGAUAGAGGAGGGCGACUCGGUGGAGCGGCGAAGGUGGUCGAGCCGCCGCCGUGACGACGAAGACGACGAUGAAGGCGGUGGUAGUAACGGAAUAGGAGCCUUCCUUGCGAGCCCCCGCCAUUCUGGCAGGAAGAGCAGCGCAAGUCGUACUGUCAGUAACGAUUCCGAGCAAUCUUCGCAACCGCGAAGGAGAAGCAGCAGAAAGGGGACGGAGGAACAUCACUCCGAAGCUGACUGCUGUUGCGUUGGUGGAGACCACGCAUCCAGUCCAUCUUUGAAACCUUCUGUCGAAAGCAGGCCGUGUGAAUGUGUGUCUGGCGUGAGGUCAGUCGGCGACCAGGUAGCGUCGUCGAGCGACUUCUGUUGCUGUCGAUGCAGAGCCGAACGCAAGGCAGCACUGCACACACGGAUGGGGGACGGCAGUGGCUCGGAAGAGUGCUCUUGCCCCAGCCACGAGGACGUCGAUAACGCGCUGCCAGCAGUAGCGAGGGACACAACCCAAGGCGAAAACACCUGCUACUGUGGCGAACCACGAGCGAAGGCGACCGCUAGAGGAGAUGCUGUCAAGAAACGGGAUCCGGAAGUCGAACUGUACUGUGAGUGUCUAGGAGGGGAGGAGACGCUUCCACCUGCAAAGGACGGCAACAUCAAGAGCCGCCGAGAAGUUUGUCCAGCCGCGGUGCCAUCCGUUCCAGUCUGCUGCAAAGCAGCGCUGGAGGACUGGACCUGCCUCUGUGACCGCCCGCUGUCCAGGAAGAAGAAGGCCGCUGGAAAGACGUCUCCAACCGUACAGCAGCGUCGUUGGACGUGGCAGAGGGUGCUUCUCCGCUGCGUGCCGGGCCUGGUGGCGGUGUUGCUGUGGCUGUUCUGCGUUUGGUGGCUGUGCGGGAUGCUGCGCCCCCUGUUCUGCGCCGAGAGGCGGCGCAGGGGCGUCUGCACCCCCGUCUACUGGGCGUCUUAGUAGCUGCGCCACGGCAUCACUAUUUGUCUCCAUCGCCGCGCCCGACGACGUACAGGGAAAAUUUGUAGUCGAUUACAAAGUAAA